CCCAGGGCCAGAGUUGUCCGGAGCCGGCGGUCGCUCCUAACCAGCUCACAUCCCUCUCCAUCCUUCCCUCCCCCCGCCUGCCGCGGCACCGGUAGCCGCAGCCGCAGCCCAAAGCCGGUGAGGCGGCGAAGGGGGGAGGGGGAGGAAGCAAGGGAUGAUCGCCGGGAGGGCGUCGGGGGCCCUGAGCCGGACUAGGACACCCCUGGAGCCGAAACUCGAGCCGGAGUCAGAACAGAACCACCGCUGUAGCCCCCUCCCCCCAGGAGGCGCCCUGGCCCGCUUUCGCCCCCCAGGGCCUCAUGUCGGAACCACAGCCUGACCUGGAGCCGCCCCAGCAUGGGCUGUACAUGCUCUUCCUGCUUGUGUUGGUCUUCUUCCUCAUGGGCCUCGUAGGCUUCAUGAUCUGCCACGUGCUCAAGAAGAAGGGCUACCGCUGUCGCACCUCGAGGGGCUCGGAGCCUGACGACGCCCAGCUCCAGCCCCCUGAGGAUGAUGACAUGAAUGAGGACACAGUAGAAAGGAUUGUUCGCUGCAUCAUCCAAAAUGAAGCCAAUGCUGAGGCCUUGAAGGAGAUGCUGGGGGACAGUGAAGGAGAAGGAACAGUACAGCUGUCCAGUGUGGAUGCCACCUCCAGCCUGCAAGAUGGAGCCCCCUCCCACCAUCACACAGUGCACCUGGGCUCUGCAGCCCCUUGCAUCCAUUGCAGCCGCAGCAAGAGGCCCCCACUUGUCCGUCAGGGCCGCUCCAAGGAAGGAAAGAGCCGCCCCCGGCCUGGGGAGACCACCGUGUUCUCUGUGGGCAGGUUUCGGGUGACACACAUUGAGAAACGCCAUGGGCUACAUGAGCAUCGUGAUGGUUCCCCCACAGACAGGAGCUGGGGCUCUGGUGGGGGGCAGGACCCAGGAGGCAGUCAGGGAUCUGGGGGAGGGCAGUCCAGGACAGGGAUGCCUACCAUGGAGAGGCCACUUCCUGAGAGGCCACAGCCCCAGUCCCUAGUCAGCCCUCCAGUGCAGAAUGGAGGACUCAGGGACAGCAGCAUAGUCCCUCAUGCACUUGAGGGGAACCCUGGAGCCUCUGCAGAGCCAGUGCUGGGGGCCGGAGGCAGAGGCCCAAGUCCAGGGCUGCCCAGUCAAGAGACAAACGGACAGCCAACCAAACCGGACACCUCAGAUCACCAGGUAUCCCCACCUUGGGGAGCAGAGAGUGUGUGAGCCUCAUUCUUCGCUGCUGCUGAAUGGACUACCAGCUGGCAGAGCCAGGGGUGGGUGGGCACGAAGCCCCUCCUCUCCACUGGACAGCACUGCCCCCAGCUGAGGGACCAGCCUUACUUCCACCUGGAAUUGCACGGCCUCGAGCUGGGGGAUCUUGGGAGAAGUACCCCCCAACAUGUCCCUCAGUCUCUUCUCUUCCCCUUGCCUGCCAACAGGUUGCCUGAUCCGCCUUCCCUAACACCUUGUUCCACAUGCUAGAGAGUGGCAGCUGGGAGCAGGCCCCUGCCUCUGGUGGGCCCCUAAAGCAAUAGCACCUUAGGCUCCUGCCCUCUUGGCACAAGAGGCCCAGACCUUGGCUUGGGCUUCCUGCCCUUUAUUCACUGUCAAUAAAUCCGCUCAGACCAUUA